AAAUCCAAAUCCAAAUCCACUCAAAUCAUUAUAUAACUAUCACUAGGGUUAGCAACAUUAGAUUUCCAAAAUAUAUUAAGAACAUAAAUCCAUCUAGUAUUCGUUAAUUUUGACUGAAUUUACGGCGGAAGAAAUUCACUAUAUUAAGCCUUAGGCUGAAGCCAUAUUUUCGCGAGAUGACGACUGAACUAAUGGAGGAAGGCUUGCUUACAAAUCUUCCGGAAGAUAUCAAGAGAGAGAUCCUCAGGAGACUCCCGAUUAGAAGCAUUGCGAGGUGCAAGUGUGUUUGUAAGUCAUGGGGCCAGUUUGCGACGUUGUAUAGCCCGAAACCAGGCCUGGCUUUCGCUAAUGAAGACACGGGGUUCACGGCCUGCGAUGAGGCCUUCCAACCACUUUGCCAAUCCUGGUCGCCUCUUCUGCACGGCGAUAAAGGUCGUCAUGUGAUUGGAUCAGUUGAUGGUUUGAUUUUGGUGUGCGCUGGAUACCAUUUUACUUGUGAGAUUCUUUACAUAUGCAAUCCAAUUACUCGUGAAUAUAUCAAGCUUCCUCCUCUGCCUAGUACAUAUGUUUAUAACUAUGUAUAUGGAUUUGGAGUGAGCAAAUUAAGUGGACAAUAUAAGAUUAUAUUUAGCGAUCACAGGUUAUGUUUAGUAUAUACUCUAGGACAAAGAGGGUAUUAUUGGAGAUGCAUCUCAGCAGCACCAGGCAACCCCAGUAUGCGUCGUGAUACAGCUGCAUUUUUGAACGGAAAUCUUCACUGGUUGGCAUCUGAUUCGGAUGAGAAUGUUUUUAUAUAUUGUCUUGAUCUUGAAACCGAGCUCUUUACCAGAUAUUCUACUUCUUCUGGUGAUUACGGUAGCCUUGAAUACGAUACAUAUAUCGUUACUAGAUAUCAUCUUUGUGUUCUAGAGGGUCGGCUAUGUUUAAGCAAAUAUAUAUCUCCUCAUGGAAUUGUUAUUUGGAGGAUGGAGAACUACGGUAAUGAGAAUUCCUGGAUAAAGGAAUAUACCCUCAACAACUUUUGUAACUUGUAUGGACAUUUUUAUCCGCUUGUUUCGUUAAAUGAUGACUUGAUCUUUGCAUCUAUUGGUAGAUAUGAUCGUCACCUAUUAGUCUACUCCAGAAACACUAAACCUCCUGUGAAAAAUCGACGAUUUCCCUAUUCUUGUUUAUAUUCCAACGUCGUUAUUUACACCCCAAGCUUGAUUUCGCUCGAGACCAUGGGUAUCACAAUGUUCAAAUCUUGAAGAAUAAUAUUGAGGAAUUUGAUGUAGCUUUAGAAAAGGUUCCGGAGAAGAUUGGUGAUUUGAAGGAAAAGAACUGGCUGGCGGCCGGAGUUUCUACAAUUGCUACUGUGUUCGUUGCGGCUGGCCUGCUGGCGGUCGGAUUUUCGACAAUUGCUACGUGCAGAAACAAUGAUUCAAGCACUGUUUCUAUCCUUGAUUGAUGAGGAAGACUUGUUUUCAAUUCUGAAAUAUUGUUACAUUUUAGAAAUAUUCUAUUUACACAAUAAUAUAUUUUCCAUUCUGUUGAUUACUAUCA